AUGCCUAAAAAAUCAGCAUCUAAGCCGGACGUAUUUGUUAGUUUUGUUUUGGAUCUAACCCAAUACGGAUACAAGCCCAUACUCUCACUAUUUGAAAGAAAAAUGGAAACUAAAACCAAUAAUUGGAGAGAGCAGUUCCUCGCCGAGGCUCGAAAAAAAGAGCACUAUAAAGUUCUGUCAAUGGCAGAGAUAGAAGAAAUUAUUAAAGACCUGCUAAUCGGAAAAGUCACGUCAAAAAAGUCUUUUCAGCAAAUAAGACGUGCAAAACGAUUCGAUGUAUUAGAAGUAGAUGGUGUGAAUCGACUUAUCUCCAAGAUCAAACCCGGUAAUGGCAUAAAGUAUUAUGUAGCGCUUGAAGAUGUCUUUGAUAUCAUUCAAGCCGCGCAUAUUGCGACCGGACAUGGUGGGCGCGAUAGGCUUUUGAAAGAAACUUCGAUCAAGUACGCAAACGUUACAAGAGAAUUGAUUGAAUUAUAUUUAAACAUGUGUGAGGUCUGUCACCAGAAAAAAAUAAAGAGAAGGAGGGGGCUGGUAUCCAAGCCAAUUUUGCAUGCAGAAAUGAAUAGUAGAUGCCAGGUGGACCUUAUUGACUUUCAAUCAUCAAGUGUCGAUGGGUUUAAGUGGAUAAUGGUAUACCAGGAUCACUUGACGAAAUUUGUCGUUCUGAAUGCAUUAAAAACAAAACGCGCAGAAGAGGUAGCACAUCAUUUAGUUCGGAUAUUUUUGACCUUUGGUGCCCCGUGCUUGUUGCAUUCCGAUAAUGGAAGAGAAUUCGUGAACUCUAUUAUCAGUGAGUUGAAAAUAUUGUGGCCUGAACUGAUAUUAGUCCACGGAAAACCUCGACACAGUCAAUCACAAGGCUCUGUCGAGAGAGCAAACCAAAAAGGAAUCGACGACAUUUUGGAAAUGGAAGAUAGAUUAGAACCACACUAA